CACCGUCGUCCGCCCGCCGCAAGUCUAUCUUCAACACACUGUUCGCUGACCCGAUUCUCCUCUCCGACAUCGUCGACGCGUGGCUGGAGUGUCUGACGCGCCCGUCCGGCAUCCCUCGUCCAGCGCGCUGCCAGCGAUGCGACAACAUGUCUGAAGAUGCAGACGCCUCCGAACACUCUCCGCAGCCCGCCGCGAACCCAGAUGCCCAGACGACCGUCAACGAUUUCCUCGACUACACCGAGUUCUUCCCCUCCGACCUCGUGCGCUCGUUGCGCCUCAUCAGCGACCUCGAUUCGACCUACACCGACGCCACCCAGACCGUCCACGACCUUACGGUAAAGUAUGGUAGCCUCCCCACGAUACCCGCGAACGAGCGCCCCGAUCCCACAGCGCUGCGCAAAUCGAUUGCCGCUGCGCUAGAUAAGGCGAUAUACUGCAGGGAAUCCACCUUGGCCGAGGCGUCGCGGAUAUACGAGGUUGCGGAGCGCCAUUGUCACCGCAUCGCAGUCAUCAAGAGGAAGCUACAAGCGUUGCCGCAGCCCCCCUCGCGCGAUCCAACUCCCGCGCCCGUAUCUCCGCAAGCUUCACGAUCAUAUCACCGCGGCUUCGACAGAACUCCGCGCCUGCACCUCACCUUCGACGGCGGGCGUCAUCAUGGCGCUGCGCGUCCGAGGGACCGCGGCAAGAAGUCCACGAUUCCUCUGCCUGGGGCUAGAGCACGAAGCCUAAGCUCUUCGGAUGUGUCUGACGCAGAGUCGGAGGUGAGAUCCACUAUUGAUCUCGCCACAACCCCCAAGAAGCUCAAACUGCACAAGGAGAAGACGCCGAAGCUGCCCAAAUCUCGCGUGCGACUAUCGGGUUCUGGAACCAACGUCCACAGCUCCAUCGCUGGUAUCUCGACAAGCAAUGCGCUGGCCAAGCUAUCGCCCCCUCCAGCAGAUGCCAGGCCGGGCAGCAAGUGGGCGCCGUGGUUUAAACUUACUGAAUACGAGAUGGCUGUGCUUAGAAAACAGAUGAAGAAGAACGCCGUGUGGACUCCGAGCGACACCAUGAUCCGCCGAGAGUUGGACAGGAAACAACGCGGACAAUCUUACUAUGAUAAAGAGAAAGCCCGUUGCGAGGCCACCGGCGAGGAGCUUCUGGACGAAGAGCCUGCCACGCCAUCUUACAAAACUGCCGCCCCUCCAGUUGCAGCGGAAGCGGCGCCUGCCGUCGCAACUAAAGCCCCGCCUACAACCACCCCCGUAGAUGUCGCGCCCACGCCCACGCCCACGCCCACGCCCGCCGAACCCCCGAAGGACACGAUCAGAGAAGACACCGCGACGGUCAACAAGGGCAUGAAGCUGAACGAGGCAAAGGAGGCCAAGAAGGUCAAGCGGGAGUCGCAGCGUCAGCAGGCAAUGCGCGACGCUCAGGAACUUGAGGAUGCCACGAAGAAGAUAAAGGAGGCUGCAGAUAGCUUGAAGGAGCUGACCUUCAGCACGCCCGCUACGAGGAGGAAAUCAACUGCGAGACCGUCCAACAAGCGCAAACGCGAGGCGUCGCCCCAGCCUGCAGCCGAGACUCCCACCGUUGCGACACGAGAACCAUCCUUAGCCUCCCAGGAGAGUGGGACUAAACCACCAGAGCCCAAGCGGCUGCGCAUCCUACCACCUCUUGCUCCCGCACCUGCUGCCACGUCGACCCCUCAAGCUUCUACACCCGUUGCGCCUUCGCCCGUGGCAAACACGCCAGUUCCAUUGCCGGAAACAACAAAGACCACCACAGUGCAGGUACCGCUCGCUCCAGCAGGCCCAAGUACACCGAAGGCUGCCGCGAAACCACCUUCGGGAGCGCCCAGCCGCCAGGCUACCCCUGCUAUGCCCUCGCCCACCGCCCCAACGCCAGCCGAGCCGCCAAAGUCUCCCGUCGUUCCAGCACCACCGGCCCCCCAGCCUACGGUCACUGCCGCUUCCACUCGUCCGCGGAGAGAGUCGGUCGCUCCUAGGGUGGCCAGUCCUGCACCGGCGUAUGCCGCGCCUUCGAAGUCACAGAAGACUCCCACUCCUGCACCUGAACCCGUUCUACCGUCUCCUGCUCUCCCCACACGCCCCCGCUCUGCUCGCGGCCACGUGCCGACACCAAAAGCGCAAAGCGAGGAGCCGAAGCCUCAUGAGCCGGGUAAGCCAACCCGGGAGCUUCGCCGUCAUAGCAUUUUCAGCCAGUCUGCAAUUGCCGCGCCUACCCGUAUGAGCACGCGUAAGAAGCCUCCACCGAAGGGCGAUAUCACAGCUGGUGAGGAUGGACAGAAGACGGUGACGAACGUGAAACGAGCGCAGGGCAACAAAAACAAGAAGAGAAAGAAGGCAGAUGAGGAGUCCGAGCCACUGGAGGAGAUCGAUCCAAACGAGCCAAGGUACUGCGUCUGCGACGAUGUCAGCUAUGGGCAAAUGAUUUCGUGCGAUAACAAUUGCGAACGGGAAUGGUUCCAUCUCGAAUGCGUCGACAUGACCGAAAAGGACAUACCCUCUCGACGCGCAAAAUGGUACUGCCCAGACUGUCGAAAGGCCAUGGGCACAGAUGCGUAUGGCAACCCCCUCGUGGCGCCACCGCUGCCCGGAAGACGCGGCAAUCGGGGAUGGAGUACUUAAGGGAUAUUUAGGUCCGCGUAAUGCGUUCGAUUGCGUGGUGGCGUACCGGUCGGACUACUUGUGUAAGCAUAUGGCGUUUGGGACGGGAUGUCGGAUACCUACCUUGUAUCAUGAUGUGUAUGAGUCGAUGCUGGUUUUGGUCUUGUGGCCGCAAUAGGGUACCGGAUGAGAUUGGUCACGCUUGCGGACGGGGUGUGCGCUAUGGAGCGCUGAAGGGCUGCUUAUCAUCAGUUUAGUUCUUGGAUAGCAUGACUUCAAUGAGCAUUACAGAGGGAACAUUCGAUACGCGUGGUGCUAGAUUCGACGUGCAGUCCAAU